AGAGAAAUCAGAAGUCACAGAGGCAGCAGCAGAAAUCCUUAAAAAUCUUUACCUGAAAUGUCCACAAAAUCUUUCUUAAUAGUUUAGCAACUCAAUGGCAUUGGUUGCUACAACAUGCCAUUUCACCUUAGACACGAUUAUGCCACAGGCCCUAUCGCUGCUCGAAAGAUGUUCAAGUAUGGAGGAAUUAAAGCAAGUCCAUGCCCAUAUGUUCAAAACCGGCCUUAUCUUAGAGACUAUCCCAGUAAGCAAGCUACUAGCUUUCUCCUGCUCCCCAAAAUCCGGGAACUUACCCUAUGCCCACAUGAUUUUUGACAGAAUCAGCAGACCCAACACUUUCAUGUGGAACAAGAUGAUCCGAGGAUAUGCUGACAGCACUAAACCAGAGCAAGCAUUGAAGCUGUAUCAUCAAAUGCUCCGUGAUUCAGUUCCACACAAUGCUUACACCUUCCCCUUCCUGCUAAAAGCCUGUUCCAGUCUGUCAGCCAUUGAAGAGACUCAACAAAUUCAUGCCCACAUCAUAAAGUUGGGUUUUGCUUCAGAUGUUUAUGCUACAAAUUCCCUUCUUCAUGCAUAUGCCACAUCUGGUUUCAUAAAAUCUGCGCAAGUCCUCUUUGAUCGGAUCCCACAACCAGAUGUUGUCUCUUGGAACUCGACGAUUGAUGGAUAUAUGAAACAUGGGUACACUGAAAUAGCCAACCAACUUUUCAGAGAUAUGCCAGCAAGAAAUGCCAUUUCAUAUACAAUCAUGAUUUCCGGCUAUGUCCAGGCAGGACUUGACAAAGAGGCUCUGGAUCUAUUUCAAGAAAUGCAGAUCGCAGGCGUCAAACCUGACAAAGUAGGGCUGGCAAGCGUACUUUCAGCAUGCGCAAAUUCUGGAGCCUUGGAUCAAGGAAGAUGGAUUCAUGCAUACAUCAACAAGAAUGGAAUCCAAGUGGACAAAAUUUUGGGCUGUGUUCUUAUAAAUAUGUAUGCAAAGUGUGGGAGUGUGAAAGAAGCUCUAGAAGCGUUUAAGAAAAUAGGGAAGAAGAGUGUCUCUGUGUGGACUGCAAUAAUUUAUAGUUUUGCAAUUCACGGUUGUGGAAGAGAAGCCCUAUACUGGUUUAUGCAAAUGCUAAAAGCAGGAAUUAAGCCAAACCUGAUAACUUUUACAGCAAUUUUGACAGCAUGCAGUUAUGCAGGAUUGGUUGAUGAAGGAAAAUCACUAUUUGACAGCAUGGACAAAGUUUAUAGCUUGAACCCAACAGUAGAGCACUAUGGAUGCAUGGUUGAUCUACUCGGUCGAGCAGGUUUGCUGAAGGAAGCAACAGAUCUGAUUGAGCGAAUGCCAGUAAAACCAAAUGCUGUCAUAUGGGGAGCACUACUAAAUGCCUGUCAUAUUCAUGGAAAUAUAGAAUUAGGUAAGCAGAUAGGGAAAUUCCUAAUUGAAUUGGACCCUGAUCAUGGUGGCCGGCACAUUCACUUAGCAAACGUUCAUGCUGCUGCUGGGGAAUGGAAUGAAGCAGCUGAAGCAAGAAGGCAUAUGAAUGAAUAUGGAGUAUCCAAACUUCCAGGAUGCAGCUCAAUCAUUCUGGAUGGGGCCGUUCAUGGAUUUUUGGCUGGGGAUGGGUCCCAUCCUCAAAUGAAAGAAAUUUAUUGCAUGUGGUACAACAUUGCUGUGCAACUAAGACAAGAAGGAUAUAAAACUACAACACUGAAAUUUCUUACAUGAUCUCAAGGAAGCGGACAAAUAAAUUGCAAAGAAGCAACUGGUCAGAAGCUGGUUAUUGCAUUUAGGCUAAAUCAGUACAAUUGGGUAGUUAAGAAUAUGAGAGGACUGUCACAUGGUAAUGAAACUCAUUUCCCAGAUUUAUUAUAGGGGAGAUAGUCAAAGGGCACUACAGAAAUAGUCCCAGCUUCCACAGAUAUCAGGAAUGUACUUGUGAAGAUAAUGAACAUCUAAAAUACCUUGGCAUUUUCAACACAAACAAAAUCUCGUAACAUGCUUCCAUCUGUAUGUGUGGAUUCCACAGCAUCUGACCAACUGCAAUGAGUAAAAACCAUUGGAGUAACAGAAAUGUGAACAACGGCCGUUUAGGGAUAUCUUGAAGAAAGCAAAACAGAGUAUCAAAUAAGGUCCCAUCUCACACACUUUCUAUUCUUGAUGGUUAUUACAUCACUCAAGCCAUUGUCAAGUUGCAGCUUGUCAGGGCAUCAAGGUAAAUGCAGUCUACAAAGCCAGGGAAAGUGACCACAUCCCUGACUAAGUAAAGAAAUAUUUUUGAGAAAUGACCUAGAGUUUUCAACUCAUGCUGCUUCCUCCUUGAGCAUGCCUUGGCAAAAGAUUGAUUAGCACUUCCCAUUUUUAAUUUCGAUAAACAGAAUAAAUGUCACAAGCCUAAGAGAAACGAUCUUUGAUAGAGAGCAUUGAGCAUUUUGAUGAUAGAUUAAGAGUGAAAAUGUGUUUUGCAACCUUUCAAACCUCUUAUAGUUGCACUAGUCACAGAAGCCAGCAUAAAUCAUAUUAAAUCAAUUUUGACUAUGCAUCAUGUAUUUCUGAAGCCACUUAAAUGCUCAAGGAACAAAAAAAAAAUUCUCGAGGUCCCAUAUUUAUCUUUUGGACCAAUCAAAAUUUAAAUACUUAUGCUGUGUGAAAAUCAAACAAUUGGAAAUAUAUAUAUAUGUAUGUAUGCAUACUUAAGGUGAUUGCGAAUAUGGGAGAGUUAACUAGAAUAACUGGUAACAUAGGCAUAAGCCCACAUAUUCUGAACUAGAAGAUACACAGUUGUUUCUAAAGAACAUGUCAAGGCCAACACAUUAUAUAGCCAAGAUGAGUGCUGCUUUCCUAAAGAAAAAUAACCGACUACCUUGUAUAAAGCCUGGAAAAAAAAAAUCCCACAUAGCACGACUACAUGGACCAUCUUUGAGCAUGAGAGGUACUGCAGAUUUCCUCCACAUUUUCUGAAUCAAUAAUGUAGCCAUCCAUAUUCCUUGCUAAUCUAUGCCGUUAAGUACAAAUGCAAUCUCAAAGUUAUAAAAUAAAUAAAUAAAAUUAAAGCUCAAGACAGAUGAAACCAGUCAAGCUCUCACAAGAAAUAGGGACAAGCUUUCACUAUUACUGAGUGAUAAUAUGAAAUUGAUCACGAUUUACUCCUAUCAAGAAAACCAUAAACCACAUAUAAAUGCAGAACUAAAUAGCAGCUAAGCAUUCACUGCUAGCUUACCAUCGACAAAAAUGGAAUAAAUCCCCCCAAAGUUAGCAAUCAGAUUUGCAAAACAGCCCACUAUCUCAUAAAACGUUGAUCAAUAAGAUCGACAAGAUUUUGUAGAAUGAAGCAAUCUAAAAUGAAACAACCAUCUUAAACCAAUGUCUAUUAGAAAAGGCAAAAGGCACAUCAAAUUCCUAGAAUCUGAAGGAGAUUGUAGAGAGAGAAAUGGAAGAGACUCACCGGUUGGCUCGGCGGAGUUUAAGAGGAGUAGAAGAAAAAGGCACGGAAAGUGUCGCCACAGCUAACGACGGUGCGCUCAUUAGCUCAUCGUAUAAUGGAAAAAUCAGGGUGACGACAACAUAUAUAUGUUCAUCUAUAUAAUGAAAAAGGUUUUUUUUUUCUUCUUUUUUUUGUAAUCUUCAAACGGCAAUUUCUCAAAUUGCAGCAGUCCUGGACAAAUAUGGAGCAGUUGUUAGGUGGUAAAUCCAUAAUCCAAACACAUCCUUAGAAAAAAUUUAUGAAAUAUCAGAAUUUCAUUUAUUUUUAAUUUUAUCUUAAAUUGAUUUGUCUCUCUUCUUGGUGAGAGAGAGCUCUGGGAUUCUUGUCCCUCUUUUAUCCGGGUCUUUGCCGGUUUUUCUGCCUCGGUAGGAGGCUCUCCUAGUCCCUUCCGGGCCGUGGAGGGCCUCCUCCCUGCCCGGCUGUGGGUUUUCCCUCCCCACAGUCGGUGAGGUGUAAAUAUUUCCUUUUUUGAUGUUUGGCAGUCGUGCUUCAUGUGGAGGGAUUUGUUUGAUCUGCUUUGUGUUUUCUUCUAGUUCUUGCAUGGAUCUUGUUUUUCUUUUGUUUUUACAGGUUGAGGGUUUUUCAGCUAUGGCGGUAAAAUGGCUUAUCGGCGAGUGGUGGUGAGCGGCAGUUCGUGUAGGUGGUCUCAGAUGUCGAGACGGUUCACCAAGAAUCACUGGUUGCCCCCUCAUCGUUCAUUUUGUGAGCUGUACGAAGCCUCCCUUGACCGUGGAGGUGGCUGCUGUGUCGAUCUGGAGGCUGUUUCCCUCUGUUCAAGCGGCAACGGCUUCCCAUCCAUGCCAGAUUUGGGUUGUAUAUUGGUUGUUUAGUUUGAAGAAUGGGUCUCUGUCCUUGGAGGGUGCAGUCGGCUUAAGCUUCUACGGUCGCCUUCCUUGGGCUUCAGUAAGUGUUGAGAGUGAGGUUUUCUGGCCAUGAUUGAUGAAACUUCCACCAAUUUCUUUUUCCAUCAGGCGGCCGUACAACCCAGAGAGAGGGUUACAUUUUCUGCUUCUUUCCGGAUCUUUUGUCCGGGUCAAGUAUGGGUUAGGGUCCUUGGGUUCAAGCUUUGGACCUUGUAUUUUUCUCCAAUCAAUGACAUUUUAUCUUUGAUAAA